GGUUUUCCUCGUGAAGAAAAACAGCCGUUGGAGCGUUUACCUCCUCACUGUGUUCUACCUCCUUGUACUAUCAGUAAGCGGCCAUAUGUAAUUUGACCCAAUUCAUUCAUUCAUUGACUUUUCCACGUUAGCUUUGGUGUUUUAGCGUAGAAAGCAGCAUUUUUCUGCUAAGCUCCGUGACUCCCUCCGACGUUCCUCGGUGUAUGCCUCGGUGAGUGUCCGUAGCAGGCUGGGUGGUGACAGCAUAAUGAUCGAGCGACCAGAGACUGCUGUUCCGAGCAUCGCUCAGCGGAACUUGGAGGGGUAUGUGGGCUUCGCCAAUCUCCCCAACCAGGUGUAUCGGAAGUCCGUCAAGAGAGGGUUCGAGUUUACAUUAAUGGUUGUCGGUGAGUCUGGUCUCGGUAAAUCCACUCUCAUCAACUCUCUGUUCCUGACUGACCUGUACUCCAAGGAUUACCCUGGACCGUCGCAGCGCAUAAAGAAGACUGUGCAGGUAGAGCAGUCUAAAGUUUUGAUCAAGGAAGGCGGCGUCCAGCUGACGCUAACCAUCGUGGACACGCCGGGUUUUGGAGAUGCGGUGGACAACAGCAAUUGCUGGCAGCCCGUCAUAAAUUAUAUCGACAGCAAGUUUGAGGACUUCCUGAACGCAGAGUCGAGGGUGAACCGUAGAUCCAUGCCUGACAACAGAGUUCACUGCUGCCUGUAUUUCAUAGCGCCUUCUGGACACGGGAAAUUAUUUCAAUAUGGCCACCGUGUUUGUCUGGGCACCGUCGCACGAACGGAUGUUGGGGAAUGUUUGCACCUCCCUGUGUUACAGAUGAUGAGGCAGUCAGCCAAGGAAAAGAUGCCUUUGGCUGUGGUUGGCAGCAAUGUGGUUGUAGAGGUGAACGGCAAGAAGGUCAGAGGUCGCCAGUACCCAUGGGGCGUGGCAGAAGAGGGCAUUUUUGUGGAGAAUGGAGAGCACUGCGACUUCACGGUGCUGCGCAACAUGCUGAUCCGGACCCACAUGCAGGACCUGAAGGACGUCACCAACAACGUCCACUACGAGAACUAUCGCAGUAAGAAACUGGCCGCCGUCACCUGCAACGGUGUGGACACCUCAAAGGCCAAGGGACAACUCACAAAAAGUCCUCUGGCUCAGAUGGAGGAGGAGCGCAGGGAGCACGUGAUGAAGAUGAAGAAGAUGGAGGCAGAGAUGGAGCAGGUCUUUGAAAUGAAGGUUAAGGAGAAGAAGCAGAAGCUGAAGGAUUCAGAGGCUGAGCUGGAGAGGCGCCACGAGCAGAUGAAGAGGAACCUGGAGGCGCAGUACAAAGAGCUGGAGGAGAAGAGGCGAGUGUUUGAGGACGAGAAGGCCAACUGGGAAGCUCAGCAAAGAAUCCUGGAGCAGCAGAAACUGGACGCCUCCAAGACAAUGGAGAAGAACAAGAAGAAAGGAAAAAUCUUUUAAAGCCCGAGUCGGCCUCCCGGUUUGGUUUCAAGCUCUUCUUCCUCUCCAUCUCCUCUGAAGUCUUCGUGUCAUGUGGGCCUGAGACCGCACACUCAGUCAGAAAUCAGCUUCAACCUCCUCAUAUCACACGACACACAAGCAGAGACUCGCCUCUGCAGCGCUUCUGGUUCUCAUGAGGAAUGCAUGUUUGCGCUUUUCUAUUUUCCCAUAUUUCUUGACAAAGAGGGGACUUCCUCGGAGUUGACGCGUGGCAGGGACCGUGCAUAGCCAUUUGUAAAUGUGUAGUUGUUCACAGGUCUGCAGAUGAGCGAACGGUUUCCUUUAACUGUUGUGAAUUUGACAUCUUAAGAACUCGCUGAGCGAUUUGCAGCGAGGUCAGGUAGAUGUGGCUCAGAGAAAUGCUCCAUCAGGACCUGCUUCCUCCAGCUGCAGACAGACUAGUUAGCCAAGAUGUUUAACCUUCAGCUCAUGUCUGCUACAACAUCUCCAUCUGCCUCAGGAUUUUACUUCUUUCGAAGAAAAGAGUAGCUAAAACUAGGAAAAUAUGAUUCUAUAACGGUAUCUGAGUUUUAAAACGUAUGUUGACAAAAGAUUCCCCCCCAAAAUAACCUUUUUUUUUUUUCUUGUUAAAAAUGUCUUCUGUUAACAAACGCAAAGAUCACAUUUAAAUGAAAUAU